AAACGUGUUUUGGGCAUAUCUUUGAACUUAUCUGAAAUCGAGGGUACAUUAUAUAUUAGUGAGGAAGCAUUCAGCGGGAUGAAAAACCUUCGGUUUCUAAGAAUAUACGGGGUCUUACCGGAGUAUAAAAAGCUCAUUCUGCAUUUACAGGGAGGCAAAGGCCUUAUGUGGCACCUAUUUAGGUUAAUGGAAAGGUGGGGAUUCUUAAUGAGAAGCAUGCAUUUGCAGGAUAAAGACCAUAUGUGGCGCCAACUUAGAUUACUGGAAUGGUGGAGCUGCCCAAUAAGAUGCAUGCCUUCUAACUUUCUUCCAGAAAAUCUCGUUGAACUUAGAAUGCCGGAUAGUCACCUUGAGAAGUUGUGGGAAGGAGCUCAGUUGCUUAAUAGCCUGAAGAAGAUGGAUCUGAGGAGAUCUAAAAAGCUGAAAGAAAUCCCAAAUCUUUCAGAGGCUACAAAUCUCGAGGAAUUGUAUCUUGUAGAUUGCUGGAGUUUGGUGAUGAUUCCUACCUCUAUUCGGAAUCUCAACAAACUGAGGAAACUAGACAUGAAAAGAUGCAAAAAUCUACAGAGUAUUCCAACAAACAUCGACCUGGAGUCUCUCCAUUCCCUCAAUUUCAGUGGAUGCUCGCAGUUGAGAACUUUUCCUGAGAUUUCAAGGAAUAUUUUGUAUCUCUUUCUAGAUGAAACCGAGAUUGAAGAAGUUCCUGGGAUGAUAGAAGAGAUCCCUGGGCUCAGUUACAUGUUGAUGAAUGGUUGCAGCAACUUAAAAUAUAUAUCUCCAAGCAUUUCGAAACUGAAAAACAUCUUGAGGUGAUAUUUUUUUCAAAACUCUGAUUCUUUAACUGAAGAGAGGUUGUAUGACUCUCCAAGUGCAGUAGCAACGACAACAGACAACAUUCACACUCAAUUACAAGGUGCUUCUUCCUAUCGCAAAUGGAAGUACCACGUCUUCGUUAGCUUCCACGGAGUAGAUGUUCGCAGAGGUUUAAUCGGCCACAUGCUCAAAACAUUUCGUAGCCAAGGAAUCCUUCCAUUUGACGACCAAAAUAUUCAGAGAGGCGCGAAACAUAUCCCAUGAAAUUGAUCAUGGUAUAAGAGAAUCAAGAAUAGCUGUAGUCGUCCUUUCAAAGAAUUACGCGUCCACAAGAUGGUGCUUCGAUGAGUUUGGUACAGAUCAUAAAGUGCAGCGAAGAGAUUGGUCAAAAAGUGAUACCCAUUUUUUUAUGGUGUGGAUCCUUCUCAUAUCACGAAGCGAAUCCAAGACAUUAGAAACACCUUCGCGGAUAGGUCGGACGAGCAACAACAACAAAAUUGGAUACGAUUUUUAACUGUAGUAAAUCAACUUCCGGUAUAUAAUUCCCAAGACUGGGUUUCCGAGGCAGAUAUGAUUCAAAAACUGGCUGUUGAUAUUUCUUUUACACUAAAUAUUACACCGAAAGAGUUUCCUGAUGUGGUUGGAAUAGAAACAUUAAAACUGCACUACGAUGGUCUAAAUGGGAAGGAGAAAGCGUUGUUUCGUCAUAUUGCUUGCUUUCUGAAUAAUGAGACGUAUGAGAAUGUGAUACGAUUACUGGAAGACAGUGAGUUGGAUGUUGGAGUUAGUCUUAAGAUUCUAUUUGACAAGUCUCUGAUACAAAUAUCAGAAGAAAGACUCAUAAGUUUGCACCAUGUGCUGCAAAAUUUUGGCAGAGACCUAGCUCUCGGUCCAUUCAUUAACCACCCUGCAAAUCGUCAGUUCUUGAUGGAUACUAGCGAGAGUUGCGACGUACUUAUUGAUCUAUCUGGUAUUAGAAAUGUGUUCGGCAUCUCGUUUAAAGUACAAAUGGAAGAGAGGUUGAGAAGGGAUGAAAGAUUCAAAGGAAUUAAAAAGCUGAGGUUUAUGAGAGUGUACAAGAAGAGUUUCUACGGUAAAGAAGUCAGAUUCCAUUUAGUCAAAGGGCUCCACUCUUUGUGGGACCGCCUGAAUAAUACUUGAUGGACGUUUUGCCGUUUUGCCAAGGAAAGGCAACGCUUAUUUCAACUAGACUGAGGCAACGAACCAUACAGUCAUACAGAUACUGAGAUACCAUUACAGAGAAUUGGAACCAUAUUGAAAUAACGAGAUACGACUUUUCUGUUGAGUCUAGUACAAGCCGUGGAAAGAGUUGUUAUAACUCAUCCAUGUCAAAGAUCUUUCACUACUCAGAACUCCAAGCUUGAGGCUCAAAUCUCCGUACAAAUCCAACAAGAAGAAGGGAAAGCGACAGAGACGAGACAUUGCAUUCUUAAGGGAUUCUUUUAGUCUAUCUCACCAUUUCUGCUAUGUCAUUCUUCCUCACCCCUAAAGCAACAGAGAUGUUGCUUGUAUGUUUUUGAUAUGGUACAACCGUACAAGUGCAAACUCCACUUGAGUGUCUCUUUGCACAAAUUCUUUUAAUCGCUCUCUUUCUGCAACUUGACUCUUCUCGAUAUGUACAGACGUUUUUUUUUUUAAAGUUUUUUCUCUGUUUAUAAAAACUCAACACAUGUGUUUAAUAUAACUUUUUGGUAUAUCUCAGAUGAUCAGGAUCUCUCAUAUUACAACGACAGAAGAAAAUGGUCCCAUAUCUAAGACCUUGAAGAUCAUUGUGCCCUGGUGUUCAUCAUGUUAAGCGCAUCACCAUAGCGUUAUGAAUGUUGGUCCAGAACGCAAAUUUUUCUUCCUGAGCCAUCCUUAUCAGAUCAACUUUCUCGAGCUUUCUCAGUACGUAGAAGUUGAUGAAGGGUCUUGGAGUCAUCAGAUGAAG